AUGAAGCACACGCGUGGUCUCGUGUCCACCGCGCAGGCUCUGCGCCAGGUAUUCCUAGCGCCUCUUCCCAUUUCUCGCUCCGGACUUGUCCCAGUCAAUCAAUUUCAACACAAUGGUUCAUCCAGGGCCUAUCACCAGUCUUCUCGUCUCGCAUUCCCGGACCCUCCAGCACCUCCCAAAGGCCCACUCAAGAACGAAGCUAUCCGUGCGCCCUUUGUGCAAGUGGUCAACGAAAACAACAGCCUUGACCCUCCCAUGAGACUCUCCGACGUCCUCGCUUCCUUUGACCGCGACGAGUAUUUCCUUGUACAAGUCUCCCCAUCAGAUUCCGAGCAAGCGCCCAUCUGCAAGAUCCUGAACAAAGCCGAGACCUGGCAAAACGAAAAGGCCAGAGCAAAGCUAGCCAAAACGAAUAAGGCUGUGACCAAACAGAUCGAGCUGAAUUGGGCAAUUGAUGCCCAUGACCUUUCGCAUCGUCUCAACCAGCUCAAGAAAUUUCUGGACAAGGGCCGGAAGGUGGAGAUAGUCCUGACCAGGAAGAAACAUAAACGAGCUCCUACCGUGGAUGAGAUCAAGCAUGUCAUGCAGAGCGUGAUCGAGACUUCGAAAGAAGCUGGUGCCACGCAGGUCAAGGGAAUGGAGGGAGAGCCGGGCAAGCAUGUCAUAAUCACGGUAAAGAAGGAAAAUCUAUAA